AUGCAUCUGAACUCUGUAACAAACGAGGAAGGCCAAGCACCAGUAACAGCGUUUGAAAUGGCAAUACAAGCCAAGAAAAGUAGAGGACCAGUUCUGCAUCUUCCACCUAAAGAUAUAAGGACAGAUAAUGUUGAUAAAAUCAAUUUAGCUGUUUCUGAUAACGCGGCUUACAUUAAGAAAGCCAUAUCACAGGAGCUGGGGCGGAAACAUUUCGGAUAUGUAGCACACACAAUAAAUUUGAUAGUGCAAGAAGCGAUUGAAAAAUAUGUACCCAUCAAAUCUGUAAUUGAACGUGUAAAGCUCAUCGUCGCUUAUUUCAAGCGAAGCACUAAAGCCGCUCAAAAAGUUGAUGAGUUUCAAAAGCAGAAUGGAGCAACACAGCCCAAACGACUACUUCAAGAAGUCCCGACGAGGUGGAAUUCCACAUAUUACAUGCUCGAAAGGAUAAUAGAAAUUCAAGAUGCCGUCAAGUUAUCCAUUGCCAUUUUGGGUGUUACAAGCUUGCCAAAUAUUACGCCGGAAGACUGGUUACUUUGCAACGAAACUUGUAAAGCCCUGAAAUGUUUCGAAGAAGCAUCAAAUUACCUGAGUGGUAAAAAGCAUUUGACGGCCAGUCAACUAUUAAUAAUAAUAAAAGGCAUAAAGAGAGUUCUCGGCGAUAUUUUAACUUCGGAUUCUUCAGGUUAUCGCUAUCUGCCAAUAACUUAUGAUUUUGUUCGAGCAUUGUUAGAUUUGAGCCAUAGCCGUUUCAAAAAUAUAGAAAAUAGUAACACGAUUGGGGUAGCAACUUUUUUAGAUCACCGCUUUAAAUUACAGCCCUUUACAUCUGCAAAGCAAGCAACUUUAAGGGAGAGCAUGAUCAAACUUGUCGCCCAAGAAAUAAAUCGAGAAGGACUAUGCGAAAAUAUUGAAGUUAGCACCAAAAGUUCUCUCGAUCCCACCUCAAUAUUUUACGGCUGGGAUGCUAAGGAAGCUGUGCCGCAAUCAAUUGAGCUUGCAUGUAGUAUGCGGGACAACUCGGGAAACUGCCCAUUGAGAAGAUCAGCCCCUGAUGUCAAGGGAUCAUUGCAGACUAACUCGCAAGAUCAGAUAAAAGGGAUAAGAAACUGUCUGCACAGCUCCUGCCCCGUCUGA